AUGGCUUUAAGAGCAACUAAUUUGGUGAAAUCAAUGGUGAUUCGGUCAAGAGGAAUGACAGCGUUUUCUACAUCAACCUCCCCCAAGAUGAAGGCUUACUCCCCAACCGCUGAUCACAGCUAUGCCCACCAUAAUCCGAAACCCAGUCCGGUGAAAGGUGCAUAUGCACCGGUGUAUAUCUCGCUGGGGUUGAUUAUGAUGUCGGUUAGCAUCGGAGUGUUCACUGCCACGCAUCAGCUCAGGAGGGCGCCGAAUGUUUCCGUGAAGAAGUCAAAGAGAGAGACUUUGCCGGAGCUGGUGGAGCCGGAGAAGGUGGCGGAGGAGUCGAAUGAGUUCAUCAAGAAGUCGUUCUUCAGGAAGAUAGCACAUGUGCAGGAGGCGGAUCGCCUGCAAGUCAUGCCUGAUCCUAUCCGAGGAGAUACUUACACCAUGCACCCGAAGCCAUAUACAGAGUCGCUGAAAUCGGUGGGAGUGGAGGUGGAAAAUAAGCCGUUUGUUCAGCCACCACCGCUGAAACACUGA